UAAAUGGACGGUGGUGAUUGAUACACACGGGUUUCGUUUGGGGACGGGAUCGAUGACUUCUCGAUAAGCUUUCUAGGCGGCUACAAUGGUUCUAGGGUUCUUUCUCUACGCUCGGACUCGGUGGCUUGGUAGUUUGGAUUUCGACGCAGAGGGAGUUUGGAAUCAUGUCGCGGAAUACAGCAUGCACGGUUUUUAUAGGUAACUUGGAUGAAAGGGUUACUGAAAGGGUCUUAUAUGAAAUCCUUAUUCAGGCUGGUUAUCUAGUUGACCUACAUUUACCUCGGGAUAAGGAAUCUAAAAAUCACAAGGGCUUUGCUUUUGCCGAGUAUGAAACAGAGGAGGUUGCAAAUUAUGCUGUUAAGCUUUUCUCUGGUCUCGUUCGACUACAUAACAAAACUCUUAGAUUUGCGAUGGCGGGGCAGGACAAGCCCUCCUACAACUCUCCCAGUCCUGCAAACAAACCAAAUUCUCCUCCCAUGCGGAGGCAACCCCCUGUAGGCGCAUUGUGUGGGGAUUACUCUGAAGAAUCGUUGCCCUCAUCAGUUAUCCUUAAGGAUGCAGCAGAGAAACAUUCGAUUGAUCGUGCAUACCACCACUCCGCUUCAGGGAACUCAGCGGCUAGGGAUUUUGGUAAUGGAAACUUUGAAUAUAGCAGGCGAGUUAUGGGAUCUGUGAUAAAUGGUGCUGCACGUGUUGGCACACAUAACUCGAUAGCCUAUCCAUCCUACUAGCUUUUGUAGGUUGGUCAUGUGGCUUGUGAAGAUAGUUCGCUGGCAGUUGACCCUAACUCAGGUUUGCCUUUUAGUGUUUGCUCUUUUGUUAGGGGUUUUCAGUGUUCGAUCUAUUUGUAUUACUCUUCAGUUACCCAGCAUGAUAACAUUGUGAAUGAUUCCUGUACUCUUAAUUGUUGUAAUGUGCUCUAUAUUCUUAUUACAUGAAAAACAUUACAGCAUCUAUGUCAAUCAGCAGUAAAACUAAUUUAA